AUGAAUUACUCUGAUGGUCAAAAUCUAAUAAUUGGUAACGAGAGAUUUCGUUGUUCAGAGGUAUUAUUUCAACCUUCAAUUUUGUUAAUUAAUGAAUCACCUGGUAUUCACGAAGCAUCGCUAUAA